CAAUAAAUCAAUAAUAUUACAAAUAACUGUAAUUAAUACUUCAUACCAGUUCAUGUUUUAUCUGCGGAAGCGUCGAUCCGAACUUCAUUCAAAAAUGUGAAUUUCUCAAACAGUGUCUCAAAUUGCCAUUUAGAACGUUAUCAAAAUUUUCAAGCCACGAUUUUAUUAACGCAAGUUUGUAAAUGUUGAAGCGUAAUUUUACGACAAGUCUGACGAAAUCUGUUGACGACAACUAUGAGCCACGCUUGCACACAUUGACGGUAGACUAGACAGUUCGGUUAUAUUGAAAAGAAAACUUAAUUUUGUUGAAGUGAUGCCACUAUUUGGAAAGAAGGACUCCGGCAAAAAGGCCAAGUCAAAGGAAAUGAAGGAGUUAAACAAACAAGUCUCAAUUGAGGAGAAGUACAAUCUGCAUGGUCUUUUGGGCACCGGAGCCUUUUCCGAAGUGCGAUUGGCAGAGAGUAAGGAUACUCCAGGCGAUCAUUUUGCUGUUAAAAUAAUCGACAAGAAAGCACUCAAGGGAAAGGAAGAAUCUCUUGAAAAUGAAAUACGUGUCCUAAGAAGGUUCAGUGCAAAUCAUUUCGAUGCCAACUGUCCGAACGGAACGCGAUUAACUCAUCCCAACAUUGUGCAACUUCUGGAAACUUAUGAGGACAAGUCGAAGGUGUACCUAGUUAUGGAGUUGGUGACAGGCGGUGAGCUCUUUGAUCGCAUUGUGGAAAAAGGUUCGUAUACCGAAAAGGAUGCCUCUCAUCUUAUACGACAGAUUCUUGAGGCGGUAGAUUAUAUGCAUGAACAGGGAGUUGUUCAUCGGGAUCUUAAGCCGGAAAAUUUGCUUUACUACAGUCCUGAAGACGACAGCAAAAUAAUGAUCAGCGAUUUUGGUCUAUCGAAAAUGGAGGAUUCUGGCAUUAUGGCUACAGCAUGUGGAACCCCGGGAUAUGUUGCCCCAGAAGUGCUGGCUCAAAAGCCUUAUGGAAAGGCCGUUGACGUAUGGAGUAUUGGAGUAAUAUCAUACAUUCUCUUGUGUGGGUAUCCCCCGUUUUAUGAUGAAAAUGAUGCCAAUCUUUUCGCUCAAAUCUUAAAAGGCGAUUUCGAAUUCGAUUCCCCUUACUGGGACGAGAUAAGCGAGUCAGCAAAGCAGUUUAUUAAAAACUUAAUGUGCGUCACCGUUGAAAAGCGAUUUACUUGCAAGCAAGCCUUGGGUCAUCCUUGGAUAUCUGGAAAUGAGGCCAGUAGCAAGAACAUUCACGGAACUGUUUCUGAGCAACUAAAGAAGAAUUUUGCUAAGUCACGUUGGAAGCAAGCGUACUAUGCGGCAACAGUGAUCCGACAAAUGCAGCGAAUGGCACUUAGCAGCAAUAGCAGUGCUGCAGCUGAUGCCGCUAACAAUGGCGAUAGCCGAAAUAACUCUUCAAAUCCAAUAACAGCCAUUGUGCCGUCUGUGUCAGCAUCACAAACAACACAUUGUAAGAUAACGAGCUCCAAUGAGCCAACACCGCAAAAACAAAACCAGGAAGGCCGGGACAUGAACAAUCACCAAAAAACAAGUAAACCGAAUUAAGGUUCAAGAUUAAAGCCAGGCUAGCGUAUGCUUAAUCUUAUUGCACAACCAUAGCCGUCGUCCUCUGCGCUAACGUUACGAUGCGACAGAUUAACACAGUAAUAUUAAGCCAUAGGAAUUAUGCCACACAUAUGUACAUAUGUGUAGAAUGGAUAGUUAGAUUGUUUUUGUAUUGCGAUAAAUGAUGAUCAGUUUGAACAGAUGCUAUUGAGAAACCAAAUUAGAAUACAACAAUUUUUGCCAAUUUAA